AUGAGAGAUAUUCGACGAUCCACCAAACCACACAAACAGAAGUAUGACUCGGUAAGUACGACACCAGCCGGUUUUAUCUGCCUUCCUUAUGUUUCAGGUGUGACGGAGCGAAUUGCGAGGCGUCUGAAGAAGAAUGAUAUCGUGGUACGAUACGGUACGGUCAGCAAAAUACAAAACGCUCUUCCGAUAGCCAUAGACAAACUAACCCCAUUAAAGGGAGCUGGAGUCUACCGGCUAUCUUGCAGUUGCGGGAAAUAUUACGUUGGCCAAACUGGACGUAACAUCGAGUGCCGCAUCAAGGAACACGAAAGAGACCUCCGACUAAGGAAGAUCCAACAAUCUGCAGUCCCAGAGCAUUGCCACAAAGGAGGACACAGCAUAGAGUUCGAAAAGACCAAAGUGGUAGCAAGAAACGGACAUUAUUUCCAAAGAUUGACGAGAGAGGCGAUAGAGAUUCAUCGACAUGGGAAUAACAUGAAUAGAGAAGAUGGCUGGGAACUCAGCAGCACAUGGAAGAUGUUGGUGAACUCAACGAAGCCUUCUCCACCCGGAUUUGACAAAACAACUUAG